CUUAUGUCAACUUAUCUUUUCACAUGAUGAGAAACUGUUCACUCACAAACAUUGUUAUUAUUAUCACUAAGAUUUUACACAUAUUAUUAAUUCAUUUCAUAGAAUAUUCCAGUUGUCAAAAUGAUGUUGUCAUGUUAUCGCCAUGUCAACUAUGCGAUCGAUGUAAAUCAUUGCUAACAUGUACAAAUGCAACAUGGAUUAUUGGUCGUGGUACACCUACACAACAAUUUGUCAAUACAACACUGAUACGCGUUGUCAAUACAACCACGAAUUGUUUCGAUGAAUGUCGUCGUCAGACUGGGUGUUUAUCAUUUACAUUUAGAACGCCUGCAUCAAUGAUAUGUUCUUUAUAUAGAAGCAAUAUAACAUCGAAUAAUUUGACAUUAGCUGGUGAUCCCUUCUGGUAUGGAACUAUAACAUGCUGUGAUAAUAUAGAUUUCACAUUCUUCCUAUUGAAACCAUGUACACCGUGUAUUGGUUGUCCGACUAAUACAAGCUGUAAUUCAUUUAAAUGGUUGAGUGGAUUAGGAUUACCAGAUCCGAUCAUAUCAAAAGUCAUUGCUGUUAAAUCAAUCAGUAAUACAAGUAGUUGUUUUAAUGAAUGUCAGCUAGACAAAGGAUGUAGUUCAUAUUCCUUUUCAACUGGAUCGCCAGGAUUAUGCAGGUUUUACAGUAAUGAAGUAACACAAUCUUCUAUUUCCGUCUCUACGAAUACUAAUACUACUACAACUGCUACUACUAAUAUUACCAUUAGUAGUAUUACUAAUAUUACUGCUAUCAUGUUUGGUACAAGAAGAUGUUGUGGUAAGUUAAUUUUGAAUAGUUAAAAAUUUUAAAUGAAUUAAUUAUAUCAAGCUGUAUUCAGUGUGACUUUUAUGUAACGGUAUACAACCUUUGCUUGAGUAAGA